CUGGAUUCCGUUGUUUCUCUACCACCAUGAUCCUCUCCACAUUACUCGCCCUUUUGCCUAUCGUCUCUGCUGCAGACGGCGUGCACAGGCUCAAGCUCAAGAAGCUCCCGCCUGCAGUCAAUAACCCGGAGCUCGAGAGCCUCUAUCUUUCAGAGAAGUAUGGCGUUCCUGCCCAGCCCCAAAUGCCCCUCAUGGGUGCUGGCGGUGCAGGCCGUCGUUUCGACAGCAUUCCGCCCCAGAAGGAUGAGGACCUCUUUUGGACACAGGAGAUGGUCAAGGGUGGUCAUGGAGUACCCCUCAGCAAUUUCAUGAACGCGCAAUACUUCACUGAAAUUUCACUCGGAACACCCCCUCAGAGUUUCAAAGUCAUCCUGGACACUGGUUCGAGCAACCUUUGGGUUCCUAGCACCAAAUGUUCAUCUAUCGCUUGCUUCUUGCAUGCGAAAUACGAUUCCUCUUCAUCAUCGUCAUAUAAGGCCAAUGGCUCAGAGUUUUCCAUUCAAUAUGGCUCAGGGUCUAUGGAGGGUUUCGUUUCCAACGAUGCCUUGACUAUCGGUGACCUCACUAUUAAGCAUCAAGAUUUUGCAGAGGCCACCAAGGAGCCUGGCUUGGCGUUUGCCUUCGGAAAGUUUGAUGGCAUCUUGGGUCUUGGCUACGAUACCAUUUCGGUCAAUCACAUCACUCCCCCAUUCUACAGUAUGAUCAAUGACGGUUUGAUCUCUGAGCCCAUCUUCUCUUUCCGUCUCGGAUCCUCUGAAGAAGAUGGUGGUGAGGCAGUGUUCGGUGGCUUGGAUAGUAGCGCAUACAAGGGAUCUAUCACUUACGUUCCCGUUCGCCGUAAGGCAUACUGGGAGGUUGAGCUCGACAAAGUGUCUUUCGGAGAUGAUGAGCUUGAGCUCGAGAACACUGGUGCUGCCAUUGAUACCGGCACUUCCUUGAUCGCACUCCCCACCGACAUGGCUGAGAUGCUCAACGCUCAAAUCGGCGCUAAGAAGUCGUGGAAUGGGCAAUACCAAGUCGACUGUGCUAAAGUCCCCAGCCUUCCGGAGCUGACCUUCUACUUCGGCGGCAAGCCUUACCCACUGAAGGGCUCUGACUAUGUUCUGGAAGUGCAAGGCACAUGUAUUUCCGCUUUCACUGGUCUCGACAUCAACCUUCCCGGCGGUUCAUUGUGGAUCAUUGGUGAUGUCUUCCUUCGCCGAUACUUCACUGUCUACGAUCUUGGAAAGAACGCUGUCGGAUUCGCUGAGUCUACAUAAGCGUCUUGAGCGUCUUGACUCCGGCUCCUCGCCAUUAUGCUAUUUUCCACAAGUUACGUCGUGGGUGUAAGAUUAAUGAUAGAGUCGUUUCGUCCUGAGUAUAAUAUCAUGUCCUUCAUUCCCAAGUGUGUUAUGUCUACCGUACUGAGUAUUCGAAUAUCAUCGAUUCGUCUCUGAUCUUGAAAAA